AUGCAAAACUCCAGGCCCAGGACACUGGGCCAGUAUGGCUCACCCCCAGGAACCAGUAGCAUUUUGGGACUUGAAGUAUCAAUGGCUGAGCUGGGGCCUGGCUGCCAGGGACACUGGAAGAUUGGGCAUUUGGCCAUGGCUGGUGGAGGCCAAGCUCAGUACAUCACUGUCCCUGAAGACCUCCUUAUGCCUAUCCCAGAAGGACGGACCCUAUCUCGGGCUGCAGCCAUCCCAGAGGCCUGGAUUACUGCCUUUCAUUCAGCUGACACUUGUUGUGCUGGAGUUGUUGCUGUUCUGGACUGCAGAGCUGGAGCCUAUUGAGAGAAUGACGUCAAUGGCCUGGCUCUUGAUGGUCACGGGGCUCUCCAUGGUUUAAGAGGAACUGAUGUUAGUGGGCCGUUUUCAAAACUACAUUUUAAAGGAGGAAGUCUGGUCGCUAGUCUGAUCACCAGCUUGCUGCGAUCUAGGCUAAUAAGGGUAGGCCUCUUCUCAGUGUACUACGAAACCUUUACUCGGGUUCUUCAAUACAAACAAACGCUGGUGAAAACUUUCACGGAGCAGAUUCUGCCCUACUUCUCCCCGGACAGCUCCCAAUGUCCGCAGCCGGUUCUGGACAGAGUCUAUCGGGCGACUGAUAUUCCAGCGGCCCACGAGUACAUGGAGGCCAACAGGAACAGGGCAAAAAUCGUCUUGGAGCUGCCCCAGUGA